AUGCUAGUACUAACACACUGUGCUAAUGAUGGUCGCGACCAGCACCUAGAUGCAUUAAAGACAACGUUCGAUUCUGUCAGAGAGCUGUUGGAACUAUGUGGAAAUCGUGUUAUGUUAAUUGAUAAUGCAAAACCAGUGUUUGAUUUUGAUCAUUUCCAUAAAUUGACUGAGCAGCUUGCAACUCGCAAACAGUUUAACAUUGAUUUGCACUACACGGGUACUUUAAAAUUGGUCUUACGAAAUUAUUUGUGCACCAAACCAAUUGAUAAAAGCGUUGAAACUCAGCUUCAAGAAAUAUGUGAAGAUCUUGGUUGGCGAUUGAGAUUGCCAGAUUCUGUUAUUGAAACCGGGCACUCAGGACAACAGCCCUUGUCGUUAGGAAGCAUUAGAUAUUUUAGAAAGGAAAGGGAGUGCACAAUUGUUCUUAUUGGAAAAACUGGAAAUGGAAAAAGCGCGACAGGAAACACCCUUCUUGGCUGGACUAACUUUGAGUCGGGGGACAGUGCAACUGGCAAAACUAAGCAUAUAACCAGCGCCAGAUGUGUCCGAUUAAUAAGGGGUUCUCAUAGAGAGUUAGAAAUAAUUGAUACACCCGGUCUGUUUGAAUGUGGGAAAGUUUUUGAAACAGCGAUGGAACUUGUCGAUGUUUUUGGCAUGAGACCAAAUGUCUUUGUUCUUGUCCUGAAAAAAGGUCGAAUCACAGAGGAAGACAAACUUACUGUUGAUUUGCUAAAGAUUAUUUUUGGCGAUGAAGUAUUUAGGCAUACCCUUGUUGUAAUAACCCACGGAGAUAAAUUUGCCACGGAAGUAGAGUUUAACGGGUUUUUAUGUGAAUGUGAACUUUUAACCAAUCUGAAUGAGCUUUGCGGAAAACGGAUCGUGCAAAUCGACAACAACACAAGAUAUUUCGAUACAAAUAAGUUUUUUACAUUUGCAGAUCAGAUAACACAAAACGGAACGCUGUUUUACGAACACAAAGAUGUAAAAGAACGCAAAGCUGUUUUGCAAAAAUAUUUUCAACGAAAAAACAUUGACACGAGCCUAACAGUUCAGUUACAAGAAAAAAGAACUGAGAUCGGGCUACGGUUGCAAAAUAGGAUGGUGCCACUGAUCGCUGGUACAUGUGCCGGCGUCGCGAUGACUAUUGUUGGGUUUCUGAUUUGGGUAUCAGUUACUGACAAUGUCGGUGUUGUUGCUAGAAGUGUAGCUAUACGGUUAUUGAUGCGAUCCACUGCGACUUAUGCGAUGCAAAGUGCGGCAACCAUUUGGUCUGGAGUCUUGUCAUUGGGUAGAACUGUCAGGCAAUUGGUAAGAGGAAGUGACUCUUCUUGUGCCUCUAAAUGAAGUCUAAGUGGUGGCUACUAACAUUAUCAAACGUCUCGUCAUCGAUUUGAGAGGGCGUCAAUUGCGUCAUCAAUUUGUUGGGUCAACUCCCAAACCCUUGAUAUUCAAUAGCAUAUCCAUUUUAUUAUGAUUGCAGUAUGCAUGUUUCCUCUGUAUUCUGUUCGUUUAUGUAAGCACGAAGACCAGAUGGCUCUAGCGAAUUGAUUAGCCCAUCUUUUUACAUCACAUUAGGUGUCUUACAUUUUUAGCUUUUUAGUGUACGUUUGUCUUGUAAUUUGUAUUGGCUACAUAAAUUUCAUUUUAAUAGCAGUUUCUUUUUCUUGUUUUGAAAGAAAACAAAGACGAAUAUGAAAUAUUAAAAAAAGGUAAAUAUUAUACACAGCGUUCGGUAAAAGGUUUGUUCAUAAACUCUCAAACGGUAUGGAUAAUAUGAUAUGAAUCUAACAUUAAUACUUAUUGAUUUAAUACUAAUUGAUUUAGUGUUUUAUCAAGUUUUGUACAAAUCACUUGCUUUCCAUCAACCGUCACACGACGGUGACCCAUGUUGCAAUGAUAUUUCAUUUUAUUGGUUUUUUGGCUUUGUGUUUUGUCGUGUUAUAAUUUUGUGUCAUAAAUAAACGACACGAUUCAUUUGAGAGUCGAGAAAAGUCGCCUUUUUAAAAUUGAAAUAAUGUAUAAGAACAUCUCUGGUAGAGAUCGUUAAGCUUUUUUUAACUAACUAAAAUAUCCUCAUUUUCAAACCAUAUCUUCAGCGAAAACAUAUAUCCUUUCCUUUAUGAUAUCGUUGUAUAACCUGUUGAUAUGUAAUUAUAUGUGAAUCACUGUUUUCCAAUUUAUACUUAAACACAUGAAUAUAGCUGUAUGUUUACAUCUUGCAAACACACUUAUAUGCUUUCUUUGUGUGCGCAUACUGGAUAUGGUAAGGGCAUACGUAACAUUCACAUUCAAUAUUUGAUUAUAUAAUUUUAGCUGCUACAUUACUUUUGUUGAUUGUGUUAAGAAUUUUGGCAGUGCUAUUUUGAUUUUAUACUUGCUCAUAUGGGUGUUGUACCAACCUUUCUAUAUUAUGUAU